CCAUUACCGGUGGCGCCGGUCAAUGGUUGAUGAACCUCUCUUUCAUUAUUUACUUCGCCUGUCUUGCACCUAUUCUUCACUCCUCGCACUUCUCUUUCUCUCUCUUGCUGUCUCCUUGAGGAAAACUUUUGCAGGUUUUCUGAUCAAAAGCUUGGUCAACAACAAUGGCACGUCCAAAUGUUCCGAAGUUUGGCAAUUGGGAAAAUGAUGAUAACACGCCCUAUACUGUGUAUUUUGAAAAAGCAAGGCAAACCCGUGGUACUGGAAAGAUCAUAAACCCCAAUGAUCCUGAAGAGAAUCCAGAUAUGUUUCCCAAUCUUACUCCCCCACCUCCAGCACCUUCUCGCGCUAGGCCUAAAGCACAAACAGAGGAACCAAUUGGGCACGAGGGAGCAGCGGCUAAGCAAACAAGGGAACACAGACUGAGUAAAGAAGAUGGUGAUUUUCGGCAGUAUGCUAAUUCUCCAGCUCGUAACGAGAACACGGGACGAAGAGCUUCCAAUGAGCAUCAACGUGGUCGUGGACCAAGUUCUGGUCGAACUGGCAGACAAAGUGCGGGAUCUGAACAUAGCUUUGAUAAAUCACCACUGCACCCACAUUAUCAGGCAAAGGUUAAUGCGGGAAGAGGUGUUGCAUCUCCUGCUUGGGAAGGAAAGAAUAAUUCAUAUGAUAGUAGCCAUGGUACUCCUGGAAGAUCAUUUGAAAGUGCUCAUGCUACUCCUGGGAGGUCCAAAAUUAAGCAAGAAAGUCCUGAUAGAGGAGCCGCAGUUCCAAGAUUUGGGGAAUGGGAUGAGAAUGAUCCUCAAUCUGCUGAUAACUACACUCACAUUUUUAACAAGGUUCGGGAGGAAAGACAAUUGGGUACUGGAAAUCCGUCAGGGGCACCAAGUAGAACAUCUUACAACCCACAAAGGGAAGAAGAAAAGCGGAUGAAGUGCUGCUUUCCCUGGUAAAGAAAGGGGGGACCUUGAUUUUUUUUCUGAAGAUGUGAAGCUGCGACGGAUAUGUAAAUAGCUCAACAAAUUACUUGUGCAAUGUAUUAAUUCAUCUGCUUUACAUGCUUCUUGUGGUGAUAAUAUGAGAUAUAUGCAGUUCCUUUUAUUGUAUUUUCUGCAGUUGUAUUGUCUACUUGUAGUUUUUAAUAGUGUAAUUUUAUUUUUCUGUAACAAACAGUGCUUGCAGAUUCUUUUAUGCACCAUUGAGUGCUUUCUCUAUUUUUUGUGUGUGAAGUUUAGUGUUACAAAGACAGCUCUUCUGCUUAGUUAUUUGACUGUAAUAUAUUUUUUUUGAGAUUACUGCAUUUCAAAUA